UUCUCCUCUGCUCCGACGGCGAAAUUAACGAGGAUCUGCUGAUUGACAGCUUCACACCUGAUGCCUGUCCGACACUGGCCGGCAAGCCAAAGAUGAUCUUCAUUCAGGCGUGUCGAGGGCGGAAGCUGGACGCCGGCUAUCAGCUGGUGGUCGACGGACAUGGUCCUGGAGGAAGUUUUCCCUGGAGCACCUCUUCUUCUUCGGCGCUCGUCCCUGCGAAGAUCCCCACCCACGCCGACUUUCUCGUCUACCGAAGUACCUACGCGGGCCACUACAGCUGGCGAAACUCGGUAAACGGCAGCUGGUUCAUCCAGGACCUGACCGGUGUGCUGCGGCGAUUCGCCAUCCAAAGAUCAUCCUCCUUCGACCUGAUGACCCUGCUGACGCUGGUCAAUCGCGAGGUGGCCUUCAAGCGGCAGUCCCGCGUCCCGGUGGACGAAAAUGACGACGACGAGCGGAAGGAGAUGAACGGCAAGAAGGAGAUGCCCGUCUUCAGCU